GCUACCUCCGAUCGGUUCGGGCCAUCAGCCACAGUUUCAGUUGGAAGAUCGCGCUCAGUUGGUUUGGACGUAUUCGCGGAGUUCCAGGGAGAGCACAGCCAACUACCACUUUUGGAACAUUUGUUUUUGAGCCGCUCUUGAACUACGGACAGCGUGUGAGGCAUAGAGCAGGAGAACAAGAAACAAACAAACCGUUCUUGUUGUUGCUGAAGUGGCUAUGAAAAUGAUUGGAAGCGACUAUGUACUGGAAGCGCACAACAUAUUCCACACCACCGAGGUGGAUGGCGGCGGCUGCUUCAAUGGAGCCGGCAAUUCGGCCCUGGUGCUCAAAGGCGUCAACCUCACCGUCCACAGUGGCGAAGUGAUGGCCAUACUGGGCUCAAAGGGCAGUGGAAAGAGGGCCUUGUUGGAUGUCAUUUCGAGGCGUGCCGAUGGAGCCACCCGCGGUCAGGUGCUACUGAAUGGAUCUCCGUUGUCCAAGGCCUUGUUCCAGCAGCGAUGCGGCUAUGUGACACAAUCCUGCACCUUUGUGCCCGGCCUGACGGUGGCCCAGACCCUCCACUACACGCCAACGAUUUUGAGUGGCUAUCUAAAGAGUUCCAAGGUGCGACAAGUGCUGGCUGAUUUGGCCCUAUCGCAGGUGGCCCACAAGCGUGUGGAGUAUCUGAACAUCAGUGAGGCGAGACGCCUGGCCAUUGGCAUACAACUGGUCAGAGAUCCAGUAAUGCUAUUGCUGGAUGAGCCUACGCAUGGACUCGAUCCCCUGAGCGCCUAUCUGCUGAUAUCCAUUCUAUCCAACACGGCCAAGAAAACUGGAUGUGGGAUUUUACUUUCGCUAGAGAAGCCACGCUCCGAUGUGUUCCCAUUCUUGGAUCGUGCUCUGUUUCUGUGCCUGGGCGGUGUUGUGUACUCUGGUGGCACUCGCGCCAUGCUGGAGUACUUCCAUGGCAUUGGUUUUCCCUGCCCCCAGCUGGAGAAUCCCCUCAUGUAUUAUCUCUGCCUGUCCACUGUGGAUCGUCGCAGCCGUGAUAGGUUCUUGGAGUCCAGCCAGCAAAUCGAGGCGCUUGUGGAACGAUUCUCCAGAGAAACUCCUAUCUCUGAUGCGCCAUUGAAUAACAUGGGAUCGGGCAAGGUUCCACUGGCCUACGGAAAACCGGGAGAGCUUAAAGUCUGGGUUAUGCUGUACUUGAAACUGCUUGCAUCCACCUUCUCCUGCGGUCUGGUUGGCAUGAAGACGCUUUUCCUCCGACUGCUGCUGCUUCCCAUAGCCUUGAGCAUUCUUUGGGCUUUCUAUACAAAUGUGGGGGAUGAUGCACAUGGCUUCUUCACCAGAAAUGGCAUGAUUCUGAAUAUAUUGGGAUUGUCCUAUGGCUGCGGUAUUCUGACCACCAUAUCUCUAUUUCCAGUUUGGCGAAAAAAGCUCUCACAGGACACCCCAGAGGGUCUGUACUCCGGCACCACACUUCUUAUUGCGUACAAUGCCGUAUCCAUUCCAUUCUCUGCUGUAUCCGCGGUCAUAGCCAGCUGUGUGGUGUAUCCAUUGCUGCUGGAUUUGAAGUACAACAACGGCAUAGUAUUUGCCUACCUUUUUGUGGCACUUUGGUCCAGUUUUGUGCUCGCCGAACAGCUCACAAUUGCCUUUCUCCUGGUGGUCAAGGUUCCCUUCAAUGCAGCCAUCGCGGUGACCUAUGCGCUGGUCAUCAGCAUUGCCCUGGCUAGUGGUACAGUGCGAUCCUUCAAGGGGCUACAGCCCUGGCUGCAGGACAACACCAAGGGCACACAUACGCGCUACGCAUCUUCCCUGUUGCACAGCAUCGCCUUCCAAACGCGAAAGUUGAAUUGUACGCCCACUGCCUCCGUAAUUUGCCCCAAGCCAACGGACUUUAUGCACGAGCGUCUGGGCUUGCCACAUCCAGAUGAAACCAUUGAUGUGGCUGCUUCUUGUGCGUUUGCUGUGGGCCUGGCUGCCUUUAACAUGCUCGUGUAUUUGUUCCCCAUGCCGCGCUGUGUGCGACAAAAGUUUAAGGACUGAUCUGGCGAUAUUCCACACUGCACAACAUGACUAACUUUAUUUAUUUUAAGUGUACUUUUCAAUAAAACUAAAAACAUAAACAUUAAACACCAA